UAUUUUGUGUGGUCCUUUUUUCAGGAUAUGGAUGCUUUGGUCUAUUUCUUGGAAUUACAGCUGGAAGUCUGUACCUGUAUGUUUUAAAUUACAAAAGAAUUAUGCGUGAAAGGUUGGAAAACAAUGACUCAAGAGUUGCACUUCAGCCCUUCAUCCUUGCUGAGCGCAACCGGAUGCUGCUGCGACAGAUGCGGCGGAUCCGCGAUGAGGAGAAUGAGUUGAUGAAGGGAGUUGCUGGCUGGGAGACAGGCACGUUGUACGGCGAACCAGUCUAUCACACGACCGAUCCCGACGAAUGGACGGAGCCAACGCUCGGAGAACUAUGGACGCACGCAUCCGAGAAGAACAUCAAAGAGCGAGAGUCGUGGGCAUUCUGGGUGUAGAGGGCCCUCCUUCGACCAGUGCACAAUAGAGGGCGCCACCAUUUGAGAGGAUAGCACAGAGUGUUCUAGGCAAAGCUAGUGCAUAAUUUUCUUGGCUAGGCUAAUGUCGAUUUUCUUGGCAUUUGUGCUCGUAGAGAUAAUAUUUUAUGGUACAAAAAGAGCAGUACCUGCUUGCAAUCCCCCUCUUACACAAUAGUUCUUAUAAUAAUAGCAAUAAUCUUUAAUUAAAAACAUCUUGCCCUCUAUAUGAAAUUAGGCAAGUUGUAGUGCUGUUUUGGGUGAACCCUUCUUUGGAUAAAUGGUCAAAAUGUAAAUUGAUCCGGUGGUUUGAAAUUGACUGUUUCUUCCAGUUUCUGUGUCGGCAUUCUAUUUAAGUCAUUGCAAAAAGAGUAAAACAUUGUUAGUUAACUUUAUCAAAUAAAGUAUUGUGAAUUUGUGAGUUAAUAAA